AUGCCCCUACCUAACCGCACCUUGACCGCACCUCCACCUGCCUUAACCACACCUCCACCCGCCCUUAACCGCACCUCACCUCCACCUGCCUGCAGUCUCUGUUUUUUCUCCUCAAGCAUCUUCUCUGUUGCAUUUGCUAGCACUGCUCCCUCUCACUGCUCCCUCUCACUGCUCCCUCUCACUGCUCCCUCUCACUGCUCCCUCUCACUGCUCCCUCUCACUGCUCCCUCCCUCACUGUUCCCUCUGACCUGAAUAUUAUCGCCACUCCAUCUGCACAGAUUCUUCGUUUUUACGCUGCCAUGGUGUUGUUCUAUAUCUACGUGAUCAUGGCGGGCGGCAAUCCCCCCCCUGGUUUUUCCCCCCUCCACGCCUUCACCUCCCCUCUUCGACCCCUCCCUCGUUUUUCCUUGUCUCCCCCACAGCGCUGCCAUGGUGGUGUUCUAUAUCUAUGUGAUCCUGGCGGGCGGCAAUCCCCCCCCUAA